CCCCCCCAUCCAUCCACAACAAUGGCAGACGUAAAGCAGGCCGCGGCCACCGCAGACAAGGACCUCCCCCAGCCGUGGGUGCGCCAGUGGGACGACCGGUACAACUGCUUCUUCUACAUCAACCCGGAGACCAACCCCCCGACGACGCAGUGGAACCACCCGGGUAACGCCGAGGGCGAGGUGCACGCCGAGCAGCUCGUCGCUGUCCCCGUCAUCGCGGCCGUGGCCGAGGGCGGCGCCGUGGGCGGCGACGACGGCCCGGGGCCCGUCAAGAACCGCGCGUUCAACCCCGACGACCAGGGCCCCGACUUUGAUCCGAGCGAGGUGAAGAACAAGGCCGGCCUCAGCUCGCUCCUCGGCGCCGCGAUGGGCGGCGGAGGCGGCGGCAUGGGCGGCGGCGGGGCCGGUGCGCUCGGCGCGCUCAUGGGCGGCGGCGGCGGUAGCGGUGGUGGUGCGGGCGCCGCGAUGGCCGGCAUGCUCCUCCAGCAGCUCAUGUCGUCGGGCCGCACCCAGUCGGGCUACUCGCACUCGAUGGGCCCGCCCCCGUCCCAGUUCUCGUCCUUCUCCGGCGGCGGAAUGGGCGGCGGCGGCGGCUCGGGCGCGCUCCUCUCGGCCCUCAUGGGCGGAGGCAUGGGCGGCGGCGGCGGCUUUGGCGGCUCGUCGGCCUUCGGCGGCCUCUCGGGCGGCGGAUACCCCGGCGGCGGCAGCUCGCCCUUCGGCGGCGGCCUGAUGGGUGGCGGCAUGGGCGGCGGCGGUGGCGGCGGCGGCCUGCUUGAGGCUCUGAUGGGCGGCGGCGGCGGCGGCGGCUUCGGUGGUGGCGGCGGUGGAUACGGCGGCGGAAGCUCCGGCGGCGGCAAGUACGGCCGCGACGACGGCGGCUACGGCGGUGGUGGAGGCGGCGGCGGCGGCCUCGCUGACCUGCUCGGCGGCGGCGGCGGCGGCGGUGGAGGCUUCGGCGGUGGUGGUGGCGGCUUUGGAGGCGGCGGUGGUGGGUUCGGCGGCGGCGGCGGCGGCGGCGGCAACUACGGCGGUGGCCAGGGCCAGGGCCGCAGGACCGACAACGACGACACCUUCUAG